AUGGCCACUUCGGCGCCGAAGUUUUCUCUGUCGCUUUCGAAGAAGACGUCUUCUUCGACCUCCAAACAAACUCCAAAGCCUCCCACGCGACCAUCACUCGGACGCCCUAAAUUCCACGACUCCGACGAUGAGGAUGACACUACGGAAGGCGUCGUCCAAUCCGUUUCUCAUUUCGACCAAGCAGCCGGCGGGGCCAUCGACGUGAAUCGUGUACAAGAUGAAAAGAAAGGUCCUCUGGUUAUUCGAGGUCCUGGAAAUAGAGACUGGAAAGAGGAAAGCCGACGGAAGAGGCAAAAGGGUCCGCUCCCCGAUGGCGUGCAACAGAACGGUGGAGAGAUCAUUAUAGAAGAGCCUGAGAAGCUCCAGUAUGGCCUAAGCGUUGGGCAAACACCCAGGGAACAACCCGAGCUUCCUACUCAAGUUCCGAUACGAGAAUCACAAGAGAGCGAGCCGAAAAAGGUGCAGACGGCCGACGAGGCUGCCAUGGAUGCUCUAUUGGGAAAUAACACAAAAUCAACCUUGGUGUUGCCCGGUGUUGAUACGGAAGAGGAGGCUUUUCAAAGGGACUAUAAUCAUGCUCCGGAUAUGGCUACACUCGAUGAAUAUGCCGCAGUGCCCGUCGAAGAGUUUGGUGCUGCGUUAUUACGCGGUAUGGGAUGGAAAGAUGGUGAUCCGAUUGGCAAGCGCCGAGGUGAACAGCCUAAAAAACCAAGGGUUAUGGAACGGCGCCCGGCGUUAUUAGGGAUCGGUGCCAAAGAAGACGCUGCAGCUGGCGUGGAAUUAGGAAGCUGGGGAAAGCCUAUGAAAGGACGCAAGAAAGUUGAACAAGUCUAUACACCUGUCCUACUUAGGAAUCGGGUUACCGGGGAGCAGCUUACGGAAGAGGAGCUGAAAGUGAAAAUCGAAGAGCAGAAGAAGAUUCAAGCGGGCGAAAGUCGCAAUAUAGAAGACUCUCGGGACCGAAAACGCCACUCCUCGAGACGAGAUCGGAGUCCGUCAAGGGACGACCGCGACCGUAGACGUCAUGGCUAUGACAAGAAACACAGAGAUAGGGACGCGAGAUAA